AUGAACUACCUUCUAUUCUUUUUAUUGGUUACUGUGGCUAUCCUCUCUCAAGGUUGUGAAGAUCACUGUAAAUGCCCAGAUCUCCUCGAUAAACUUGCUAAUGAUAGAGACUACGUUUUGUAUACUAAAGAAGCGGGAUGUGUCAGAAAUAUCACUUGUAAGACUGCAGUCACGACCUGGGUGACUUUUCGCUUCAACGAAACAGAAAGAAGAAACAGAAUCAUCCCAAUAUUUUGGGAUGAUUUGUGA